CUUCUUUGCCUGUGCUGGGUAAACUAGAGCCAUGGAGCCAUGUAGUCUAGACAUAGCCUAUGUGUGUGUGAGCAUUGGUUUGGGUUGGCCUUUUUUAGGCUGCUGCAAAUCCCUGUAUUUGGAACUUGGCUUAGUUAUCUUCUAGUGAAGGGCAGUUGCUUUCAGUAUAGUCAUGAAAAGUUAUGGCUCUUCUUGUGAAGAGGAAGCAGUAAUGGCAGCAGUCAAUAGGCUUUCUAGGUUUUAUACAAUGCCCAGAUUUGCUUUGAGCCUACACAUCCCUCUGUGUGAGCUGAUUAAGUAGAAAAUAUUCUUUUGGCCACUGUUAGAAACAUGACACGACUGGUGUUUUAUGCUGGGAAUAUACAAAGCUAUGGGAAAGUAUCUCUUGCGCUAGUAGUCUUUGGCAGUUUAUCCAUUAUUGCAGAUAGCACUUAGCAAUCCCUCAAAGUUGCUUGGAGCAUAAUACCAUCAAUCGUGGCACAUGUAACAUCAAAAAGCUACUGUGUUAAGCCAGAAAAAUGUGGGGUGGUCACUGAAACAGAAAACUCUUGCAUAAAUGGAAGUGGGGAGCUUCAGUGUGAUAGGUAAGAAGUUCAAGGCCCUGUCAAGCUAAGACCUAAUGCUAGGACUGCUAAUGGAAAAUUGCAGUAGAGUCCAAACAGGUAUCCUAAUGGAGUCAGAGCACAUAACUUGGCUUAAGGAAAAGCUUUUGACUAUCCAGAGUAUUUACUAAGAAAACUAGGGCUAAAUCCAUUCUGGUGAGAGAACGUUGAGGGGUUGUAACAACAUAAAGACAUGCUUGCAGCUGCAGCUUUGGAACUCAUCCAAUGCUAUCUUUAGAGACUACAAGGCCUCCCAUUAUGUUGCUCAGACUAGUGACUAAAGUGCUGGUGGAGCUGGAAGGAGUACUAUGUAACAAUAAGGGAGAGGAGCCAUGACAUAAUAUUGGUUGGAGCAAUAAGGUGGAUUUUUUGCCCUGAAGUAUUUCAAGUUCUGUGGGAAAUGUAUAUGUUUCCUCCACUGGAGAGCAUGAACCCUAUAUUGUCUGGGGCUCAGUGUCUUCAAAGCUCCACUGUAUCUAGUAGGCAUUGGUAGAUCCCAUGGGAGGAACAGGACAAUUUUCCUCAUAGCAGCUUAGUUUGAAAUGCUUUGGAAUUGCUACUGAUCCUGACACCUUCUUCACAGCAAGAUACUGUGCAGGAAUUUGUUCAACUCUAACUUGUGCAGAAGGGCAACCAGAGAAUGCUUUUAGCUUCACCUAAGCUUCUGUCUUGAACACAAUAAAGAAAAAAAUGUAAACUAUAACUAAAUACCUUCCUGUAGCAGUAGUUCUCAAACCAGUAGUUGGAGAAUUUGCUCAUGCGCCACGGGGCACUGCUUAGUCAUAUACUGCCAAUUCCCCGUUCCCGUCCCUACUAAAUUGCAUUAAAAUCGCCUAAAUAUUUUCCCAACACUGAUUCUAUAUGCCAGCGACUGCUGUAGUUAUUGCAAGCAAAGGAUGUAAUGGCAAACAAGAGUGUGGGAGGUGUGCACAAGAUUGUCUCUACUAUAAUGUUCAUUCUGCCAAAAAAGACAGAGAUCCCAUCCUAGAUUAAAGAGUUAAAUGAGGAGUAACUGGAGCUGAAGUGAGGAAGAGUAGCCUGACUUGAGAAAUCCAUGGCUAUUAUAAAAAUACAGUGUUUUUUUCUAGCCAAACUGUAGGCAAAAACAGUUCCUUCAGGAGAGACAUUCUAAGCCUCCCAUUUCCUAAGCCACUAGACUUUUUUGUGGAUCACAAAUACCUCUCCCAUAGGCUGGUAUUUACCUUUGUAGCUUUGCAACCAUAUUCAUUGUCAGUGGCAGAUUUAGGACCAUGCAGCUGCUUAAGGCCCUAUUCUAUAUCCUCAGAUUCAAUUACCUACUAGAACACUAAUUCUGAGUGUCAUUACAAUAGUCUUCUUAAUUCUGGAGGCAGCACAGUGGAAUCCUCUGUCUUCCUGCUAAGAAAGGUAUAAGCUUCAGUUUCACCACCUGUCUUCCUAGCCUAGUGGAGAGGUUUUUUUCCAGAGGUCACAGAACUUCAGCCUGAGUCGGACUGUAAAUGAGGAGAGGGGGCUGUCUGGGAUGCACAGGGGUAGAGACCUAGUAAUAGCUCUGGAGGGACAUAGGUGUGAAUUUGUACAUAUAACUACAAAACUGAAAGCUAGUCUUGUUUAUUGUGAUGCAGAAGUCAGUCACACAAGUGGGAAGUAAGCUAACUGGCUUUUGUCUUUGUCGUUUGACAGAUCAUUGUACUAAACAUUCCCUUCAGGAGGUUUUCUACAGUUGAAAGAAUUCACCUUUCCUUUGUCAGACUGAAUAUCUUGGAUGCUGUUGUCCUGCUGUGGUGCCUAUAGAGGCUGCCAACCCCAGCCUGCUGUGACAUUUCAAGAUUGUUUUCAAAAUUCCAAACUUAAUAAGCAGAACAUGUAAAAGGAAGCCAGGCAGCUGAGAAAAAGCAUUCUGGUGUGGGGAGGAUGAGGAUAUUCACACUUCACAGGGAAAUUAGAUUAAACUGUUUGUUACAUGUUUAAAUGGAAAAUCUCUUGGAAUUAGAAAUUUCCCAUUAAAAUACUUAGGUGGAAAAAUCAGAAUUCUUCCAACAACUAAACAACAAAGUCUUAAAGUUUCCAGAUUGUAAUGGAAAAUAGUCUUUGGGAACAGACAAUUCAACAGCAGGCCCUUCCCUGGACUGGAAUCAGAGAGAAGGGAGGAUCCAUUUCAGCGGAGGCUGCUGGGAUUAGAGAAAAGGAGGAGAGAAGCCACAGUAAACAGCUCUCACUUCACCCAAGAUAUUUAUCUACAGAAUCAGUGGUGGGGACCUUUACCGGGCAUGGCACCCAUGCUCCAGCUGCAGCUCAGAACCUGGAUGUGGAUUGCUCUGGUCCUCUGUGUGUUUGCUGGACCAUGGAGGCAGACAGAUGGGCAACUUCACACUGAAGGCCAUGCUGAUGACAAUGUGUUUUAUGACAAGCUGGAGGAUGCCAACAUCAUUCUAGAGUUGUUCUGGGAAGGACUAGAGAUUGAGGCUAACAAGACAAUCAGACUGCAAGAUGAGGAACUGGCCUCUCUGCGUUCAACAAAGCGACUGCUCCAGAUCUUCCAGCACCAGGUUCCUAAGACACCAGAAGGGAUCAAGGAGCAGCUGGAAUAUCUUUCACAGGCAGAUGCCCCCCUGAGUCUAGUAGAGUUUGAUCAGCUUCUCUUCACCAGUGUUUACUGCGCUUAUCAGAUUCGUUCCAUUCAGGGCUUGGACAAAAAUCUCUGGAUCAGUUUCUUUUCUCAGCUAGUUGAUGAAAUCAUCCAUGAUCUCUGCAAGGGAUUCUGCCCUGCAAAUUCCACUCUCCUAGCUUCCUGGCCCUGGAAGGAGAAGCCUUUUUAUUUAACCUCCCUGAAAAAAAUGUAUCAUUCCAACCCUGCCAUGAUGAAGAGAGGCACUGAGUAAAAAUAUGGACACGAGGAGAUUCAGUUGCAUUCUUGUUAUUCAGAGUGGUGCCACUCAUCCCAGAUUAUGCUGGUUACUGUGCAGAACUGCCACCGUUCUUCCUCUUUUGCUUUCUGUAUUGUACUGGCAACAUCCUAGGAAUUUAUCAAUCAGCUAUUGUCCCAUCUUUAAGUGUGAAACAAGGCCUGCAUUAUCUCCUUAGAACCUCCAUAGAGGAUACUUCUGAGAUGCACUUUUGCCAUCACUGCCAACCAUUAGCGAUAAUGAUUCAGGUAUUAGCCUGUAAUGACUGAAUUCCAUCUCAAGUAAUUCUAGUUUGCCUCCCUGAAUUCCCCAUGGUUGCAGUUGGCUACAGUAUCUUUUCUUCAUACAGUAACACACUAUGGGUAUGUCUACACUUGCACCCUCUUUCAAGAGAGG